AUGACUGCUCUAAUCGCUGUUUCCAUGUUCAUAUUACGGCGAGAUCCAGGCAAAUUAAUCAGAACUAGUACUGAAGUUAAACAAAACAGCCAUAAAAAUAAUGAUUUACUCAUGAAGCGUAAGUUAUGGAGUCGAUGGGGCAAAUGGGGGGAAUGUUCAGUGACAUGUGGGGAGGGCACGAUAUCGCGCCGGCGUCAUUGCGUCUCAGGGAGAUGCGCUCCCGGGGAGUUUGAAGAGCAAAGAAGGCUCUGUAGCCGUCCACCAUGCAUGAUGUCCUCGGACGUCUUUGAUGAUCCACACUAU